AUUGCUGUGGCUGGUGGCACUGGUGGGAUUGGACGGGCGAUUGUCCGGGCUUGCGUUGCAGAUGGGAGGAAGGUUGUGGUCUUGAGCAGAAAGUCGUCGGCGGGAAGCGAACAAGGCGCUCCCGUCGUACAGGUCGACUAUACGGAUACAGCUUUGUUGGAAGAUGCACUCAAAUCCCAUCAAAUCGGGACUGUUGUCUCGACUCUGGCCGUGCUUACUUCCAACGAAGCUGAGAUCAACUUGGUCUCGGCCGCUGAGGCCUCUUCGUGCACAAAAAGAUUCAUACCAAGCUCCUGGGGAAUAGCGUAUACUGAAGAAGAGGGAAAAUUGUUUCCACCUGCCGGCUUGAAGCUCGAUGUACUGUCCAAGCUCAAGAAGUCCAAUCUUGAAUACACUCGGGUCAACUGUGGCUUUUUCUUGGAUUACUUUGGAAUGCCAAAGAUUCAGUCAUUUCUUCAGCCCACUACAAUAGUGGUCGAUCUCAACAAUAACACCGCCGGUAUCCCAGGUGAGGGAAACACUCCUGUUACGUUCACCCACACGACAGACGUCGCUCGCUAUGUCUCCAAAGCCCUGGACCUUCCCAAGUGGAAGCCUGAUAGCUACACGAUCGGUGACAAAAUCACCUGGAAUGAUUUCGUCGAGCUGGCGGAGAAGACCAAAGGGGUCAAGUUCAACGUCCAGCACGACUCUAUUGAGACACUUCAGAAGGGACAAAUUACGGAGCUUCCUGCACAUGUCCCAGUCUACCCAUAUUUCCCCAAGGAGCAGCUCCAAUUCGUUUUUUCGGUGUUCGGCUUAUGGUUUGAGGGAGGAGCGUUUAAUUUGCAUCCAGGACAAGGUAGUCUGGAUCUGAACGCAGAAUUCCCGGAGAUCAAGCCGUUGACGGUGAAGGAUGUGCUCCAA